CCCCUCCGCCCGGAGGAGCAUCUCCACAAAUGGCUUCCCUUUAGGUAGAGGACAAGAGGCCUAGGCCCGGGGGGCCAGGGGAGGAUGGUGAGCCCCUGGCGUUUGUCAGUCAGGGUCUGCUUGUCACACUUAAGAUACUUGGAGCUCAGGAAGGAACUUGGCCUUUCCAGACCCCUGGGAUGCUCUCGCAAUGCCAGACUAUGUUGGUUUCUGCUAGGUACUUUGCCCAAAUUCAUCUCAGCUCACGGGAAUGUUGGAGAAGGGGAGCCUGGCAGCUUGUACCAGCGAAAGACCCCUUGGAGUGACCUGGCUGAAAAUGGACUGGUGGGGAAGGUGGCCCAAACUGGGCGUCUAGGUCGCGUCUUACUGUGUCUCCGCCUAGGGCUCCGCGCUGGAGUUCUCUUGGCGAAAUUCUUUCCCCUCCUCUUCUUGUACCCUCUCACCUAUCUGGCGCCUAGCCUCUCCACCCUCUGGCUCCGUCUGCUUUUGAAAGCUACGGAGACCUCAGGCCCAACCUAUAUCAAACUGGGCCAGUGGGCCAGCACCCGGCGCGAUCUCUUUUCAGAAGAUUUCUGUGCCCAGUUCUCCAAGCUGCAUGUCCAGGUGACCCCCCACCCUUGGGCCCGCACGGAAUACUUACUCCAGCAGGCCUUUGGGGAGGAUUGGGGAAGCCUCCUCUUUUUUGAGACCCAGGAACCUGUGGGUUCAGGUUGUGUGGCCCAAGUGUAUAAAGCGUUCGCCAGUACUGCCUUGCUGGAGAAGGACAGACUCUGGGGACCUGUCACUCAGCUGUCCCCAGGAACUGGGACUGUCGGGAUGCAGAGGGAGCCCUUUGUCAACGGGUGGACAUCUUCAGAAAACCUUGCCGAUGAAGCAUUUCUAGAAAAGCUGCUUCUCCCUAAAGCUGACUUUGUUAGGUCAGAAGUGGGCACAGCUCAGGCUCCUGGCCACGCACCUAAGUCACACCAGCUCAUCCCAGUGGCAGUGAAAGUGCUACACCCUGGCUUGCUCUCUCAGGUGCACAUGGAUUUACUACUGAUGAAGCUUGGCAGCCAAGCCCUGGGGCUUUUACCAGGUGUCAAAUGGCUUAGCUUGCAUGAGAUUGUGGAGGAAUUUGAGAAGCUCAUGGUCCAACAGAUAGACCUGCGCUAUGAAGCUCGCAAUCUGGAACACUUUCAGCACAACUUCCAGAACAUGACGUCCGUGAAGUUCCCCACCCCGCUGCACCCCCUCAUUACCAGGGACAUACUGGUGGAGACGUACGAAGAGAGUGUCCCAGUGUCCAGCUACCAGCAGGCAGGAAUUCCCGCCGACCUCAAGAGGAAGAUCGCUCAGCUGGGGAUCAACAUGCUGCUGAAGAUGGUAUUUGUGGAUAACUUUGUGCAUGGAGACCUUCACCCUGGGAACAUCCUGGUCCAGGGUGCUGAUGGAUUGUCCCCAAGCCUGCAGAUGCAACAGCAGCAGGAGAACGUCUGUGACACACUGGUGGCUACCAUAGCACCUGCCCUGUGCCCACUGCGCCUGGUGUUGUUGGAUGCUGGCAUCGUGGCAGAGUUGCAGGCUUCAGACCUGAGGAAUUUCAGGGCAGUUUUCCUGGCUGUAGCGAUGGGGCAGGGCCACAGGGUGGCUGAGCUCAUCCUGCAUCAUGCUCGAGCCAAUGAGUGCAAGGAUGUGGAAAAGUUCAAAGCUGAGAUGGCUACGCUGGUGACCCAGGCCAGGAAGGACACUAUCACACUGGAGAAGCUUCAUGUGUCCAGCCUCCUGUCCAGUGUCUUUAAGCUAUUGAUGACCCAUAAGGUAAAGCUCGAGAGCAACUUUGCUUCCAUUGUGUUCGCCAUCAUGGUGCUGGAGGGGCUCGGCCGCUCCCUGGACCCCACGCUGGACAUCCUGGAGGCUGCGAAGCCUUUCCUUCUCAAAGGGCCGUCAUCCUCCUGAGCAUGGCAGUGGGCAUACAGUGAAGGCAGAUCCCGAGGGUCUGUCCUUUGGCAGCUGAGACGUUUAAACUUGAGAUGUGUGGCAAAAACACCACUACUUUCCCAGUGACCUAGCUUCAGGGUCUGUUUUUAAAAACUUUGGGUUAUUUUAGGGCAUAAAGGGCGAGAAGCUGAAACUGGUGCCAGAGACACUACCUCAGGAAAAGUAUCCUGCAGAAGAGGACAAAAUACAGUUACUUAUUUUGUUUUUCUGUUUUCUUUUUUAAAGUGGUGUG